AUGCUAUGUAAUAAUUUUUUUUUAUUAUUUCUUCAAUAUAUCAUUAUAAUUAGAAUUUGCAUUUCACAAGAAUCUGAAAGUAGUGAGAAGGACCUUCGCCUAAAAAUAUGUACUACUAGUAAUGAAGAUAAAAAGUCUAUUUUACUAGAUGAAACAGAAGAAGAAAAUGAAUAUUUACAGUUUUUGCUUGAAAUAGAUGGUGAAUUGUGUGAUUCAAAUUCUACGUUAAGCAAUUCAGAGAAUACAUUAACGUGCAAACAGGACUCUAUUUCUAAUACAAAAAAUAUACUCUAUGAAUUCCUAGAUGAAUUCUUUAAUUCACAGAACUUUUCAACUGAUUUACAAAAAAGUACCUCUGAUAUAGGAAAAAGUGCAUCUAACAUUCAAAGUACUAACUCAAUUUUACAAGAUGUAGAAUCUUAUUCAAACUAUAAUACUAAUAACUUAGAAAAUACGCCCAAGGUUUAUCAUGAUAUGGAUUAUCAUCUACCAAAUCUUAUACAAGGCCCACAAUAUACAAUUAUUAAUUUACAGAAUACACCUCAUCAUAUAUCAACUACUAACUUAGAAGGAGCUCUUAAUAGUUUACAAGUACCUAGUUGUUCAAAUGUAGAAAGUUCUGAUUUGUAUUUUCAUAAAGAGAAAAAUAUAAGAUCAUAUAAGAGAAAUAUUGAAGAAAAAACUGAGCAUCAAGAGAAAAGGAAAAAACUCGAAGAUUCAAACAAUGCAGAAGAGGAUUGUAUUAACAACUAUAUGGAUACUACAAAUAGUGUUAUUGCUGCAUCAAAAUGUGAAAGAUCUUUUAUGAAAAAUUUAAGUUUUCCUACUUUAGAAAAGGUCUUUACAAUGGAUUUGAGUGAACUUAUAGUUCAUGCAGUUCCUGAUUUACAAAAUUUAUCUAAAGUAUUAAAAAAUAAUUACAAUAUAAUUGUGAGAAAAAUAAAUUCAGUUAAUCAUCCAUCAAAAGAAAUUUUGGAAAAAGAACUGACAAAUGUUAAUAAAGAAUAUUUGACAAAAUUAAAGUUACAUUGUGUUAAUGAAAUGAAAUAUAAGAAAAAUAAAUUAGAGAACACUUGUAAAUUUUUUCCAUUACCUUCAAGUGUGGAAGAAUUUGCAUUUAAGGAUAAGAAGAAAAUAAGUGUAGCUUUAAUUAAUUAUAUAAAUGAUUUAAGUAAAUUACUAGAGGAAAUGAAUGCUUUAAAAAAAGUAUAUAGACCAGUAUCUUAUAUUAUUAAUAAUUUCUUGUACAAUGAAUUAAUUUCUAUUAAACUUUUUAAAUCAAGAAAACAUUGUUUACAAAUAUUCCAGGAAAUGUUUGAAGUUAUGGAAGAUUUUAUAAGUUCUGCAGAAAAUGCAAUUAAAAAUGAUUCCUUUUCCUUCGAUUUAUCUAAAAUAAAAAAUACUAGAAAGAUUUUAUAUUCUGUUAGAUCAAAUUUAAGUACUAUAUAUCAAUUAUCAUCAAAAUGUUCAAGUAUUCUUGAAGAUAUGAAUUUAUCAGAUAGUGAUGAUAAAAUAAAAAUACAAAUUAUUUUUUAUUUUUUUUCUGAAAUGAUCACAAUGAAUGAAUAUUGUGUAAAAAGUAUUCCAAAAAUAGAUGGUACACAUGAUAUAAUAAAAACCUUUUCUAACAUUGUAUUAAAACAAAGAAAUCGUUUGUCAGAAUUUAAACAAAGAGCCUCCGAAAUUUUUAAUUUAAAUACUAGUGAACUUAAUCUAAAUAGUAUACCUUUACAUUCAUUAAUGAUAGGUGAAAAGAGAAAAACGUUACACACUCUAUAUUUAAAAAUUAUGAAAAUUUUGAUGUAUAAAUCUCUAAAAUAUCAAUUAAAUUUAGUUAUAGGGAUAUUUCAUAAUAUAAAAGAAAAAAUCCCAACAACAGAUAUGCAGAACUAUGAAGAAAUGAAAAUACCAAGAAAUUACAAUAAAGAGGAUGUUAUCUCAGAGUUAGGUGAAUAUAAAAAUACGCUUAGAACUGUUAAAUUAAACAUAAAAUAUAGAAUUUUAUAUAAUUCUUUAAAAGAAGAUAUAUCAAAUAUUUAUACUUUAUUAGAAACUAACUAUAAUAAAAUUAAAACAUAUUUAUGUAAGUUUAAGGAAAUCCUAAAACAGCUUAAUAAAAAAAAAUAUAUCGAAAAUGAUGACAUAAAAAAGAGCAAUUGUGAGGAUGAACUUAUGUCGUUAUUCAAUCUAGUUUAUGUCAUUGAAAUGAUGAAUAACUAUAAAAUAGAGGAGUUGAAAUAA